AUGGCUAGUCAAGAACUGACGGCGAAUUUGCCAGAAGAUCAUAUCCUCGUCCAAUUCACGAACAUGAAAAGGCUUCAGCAAACAGCAGAGCGAGUCCACGACUCCCUGAACAAGAAAGAAGAUGGAAACCAGUUCAUCCUCGUUCUCGGACUGACCAAAAAUGCCCGCCUCGACCUGGACAGCGAAGAACGUCCCUUGAACGGCAUCUCAUACCGAUUCAUGUUCGAGAACACUACCGGCAUCCUCAAAAUCCUCACUUACGGGCACGAUGUCAUGACGUCCAACAUCACCCGCCAGAUCGAUCUCCUCUGCGUCCGCAUGGGAAUGGACCCUACCUCAGAAUUCGCAUCGGGUGGAACCACCACCCGGCUUCUCUGCGCAAAAUCAAAGGGCAAACAGCCGGAUGGAUGUCUCUUCCCCAAGGCCCGGAUCCAGAGAGACCGCGAGGCCUGGCCCACCCUGGUGAUCGAAGCAGGCGUCGCCGCGUCACUUCCCCGGCUCCGCGAAGAGGCAAGAUGGUGGCUGCGCAACUCACAAGGCGAAGUCCGGAUCGUCCUCGUACUUGGCAUACAUCGCCCGAGACGAACGUUGAUUAUGGAGAAAUGGGGGCAGCAAGACCGCACGCCGAUAAAUCAACGUCAGCUACCACCACAGGCUGAGGCUCCUCUGCAGGCGUACGCUGCACAGACUAUUGAAAUCAGCUCUGAGUCUAUUUCUGGUGUUCCUCUCGUUCUUCCUCUUGAGGAGUUACUCGAACGACCACGUCAGGGCAAGGAGACUGAUAUCGUGCUGGCGGAAGAACAGCUUCGCGCCUGCAUGAGCUGGAUGUGGCAGUGGAUGGGCUGA